AUGUCAGAAGCAGCAUAUCGCCCUCUGUGGAGCGCUGCCUUGCGCCGACCCUCUUCCAGCAUAUUCACAACAUGUAAGCAAUGUCAAAAAAGCUUUCCUGAGACUUUGCAGACGCGCGCAUCUUCUUCCAACUCGCGGUGGAAGAUGAGACAGGGUAAAGACUUUUUCGCCCGCGAGGCCAAGGUGCAGGGGCUCAAGAGUCGGGCUGCAUUCAAGCUCCUAGAGGUUGCUGUCGAGCGCACGAAGCCAAAUGGCCAGAUCCUGGGCAUCGACAUCAUACCCGCACAGCCACCCAAGGGCGUCUCAACAAUCCAAGGCAACUUCCUUUCACCCGACGUCCAGGGCAUGGUGAAGGACUAUCUCGAGCGAGCCAGGCACCGCAAGCGGAACUCACUGCCAGCAGAAGAAGAUGAAGAACAAGAGAACGACGAAGAAGAAUCACCUGCGGAUAGCGAGGCUACAGUCAUUGAGGAAAAACCGAGCUACAUCGACAUGGAGAGAGCAGCGUCCGAAACUUCAAGUACCGCCAAGGAUGGGUCGGAAGCUAAGAAAGGUCGAUUGGUGGAUAUUGUGUUGAGUGACAUGUCAGCACCUUGGGACCAGACCAGUGGGUUCGGCGUGAACAGUCUUAGUAAUCCCUAUCAUAGGAUGAUGAACACGAGCGGCAUGGCAUUCCGAGACCACGCUGGGAGUAUGGAUCUAUGCGGAGCGGCACUGCAGUUCGCCAAUGACACACUCAAGAACGGCGGGCAUUUUGUCUGCAAGUUCUAUCAAGGCUCCGAGGACAGAGAGUUUGAAAAGAAGCUGAAGACCUUGUUUGCAAAGGUUUUUCGAGAGAAGCCAGAGUCAUCUCGCAGUGUAGGGACAGAGAGCCACAUUGUGUAUGGGAAUACGCUGACUCGUUCACAGGACUCGAAAGAGGCGUACUUUGUCGCACUCAGAAGGAAGGGAAACGUAAGCUUGGAGAGUGACGACUUGUAA